GCGUGCACAAAGCGGAUAUAAAAAGAAAAGUGGCAAAGUAACAUACAAGCGAUCUACGUGACGGUGUUUCCCUUAUGGGUGUGCGUCAACUUGCUCAACAGUGCUACCCCGACCGUCCCUCGACAGCAUUCUAAACAGGUGCCUCCAUUGUGUGUGGACGUGCGCACUGUCGUUGCCACAACCCCUCCGAUUUGACUGCGCAGCUUGUUUUUAUUUAUUUGCUUCUUCCGCUGAUCUCACUCUACUGUUGCUUCUCCCCCUAUCUCAUUCAUCCGUUCGGCCGACUAUGCCGACGUACGAAAGCCGUCACUUGCUGCGCGUCCUCGAUGCACCGCAGGUGCUGGCCGCGUCCUUUAUCGCCUACUGCAAGCGGCAUCACGUGACCACCCGUGGUCUGUGCCGCAUCGGCUACGCACGGCGCAGCCCGCCCCCCAACACUGGCUCUACCGCUCAAGCUUACCUCCUUCGCGGUCUCAUCGCGAACAAUGACAUCCCGCCACACGAGAACGUCGUCAUGAUGCCGGUGACGGCGUGUCUGCACCCUGGUGUGGCCCUCCGCUGCAAACCCUUCUGGAACCUGCUGCCAGCCGACGCGCAGGCGACGCUGCAGGACGUGACCGUUGCCUACAACUCCCGCCUUGCCGAUCGCUCGCUCGUGCGACACAAUCAGUACCUGCUGGCGCUCUAUAUGACGUACUUAAUGCUCCUGCGCAACUGUGAUCCGGCGCGACUCGCUGCCACGCCUGGUGGGGAUGUGAUGGACUACGUUGAUUUUAUGCCACGGAGUGAGGGAAACUUCGAUCAGCUGGCGGCGCACCUCGCCGGCUGGCUGGAUGGGCCCGAAGUGUGUCGCACCUCGCAGGUGGCCCUCGCCAGCCACUUUCACCUCACCCAGGCGGAGGUGCGCCCAGCUAUCGUGUAUGCGCUGUGCAUGAUCUACAGCCGCAUGGUGCCAGUGGACCACCGCGCCUGCUUACAGUACGCUUUUCAAUCCACGCCGUUUGCACACGCCUGGGAUGACGUCGCGGCAACGGCGGCCUUGGCGGCUCUCCCGCCCGACACAAAAACCACAGCAACCGCCGCCGGGAAUGAUGAAGGUGGCAAAGGGAGCGUGAACACGUCUCUGGUGCGGGAGCCCAUCUCGUUCCUGUGUCCGGUGAUCGACAUGUGCAAUCACAGCGAACACGAAAACGUGGCCGUCAUGGUGCCGGAUCGUGAGCCGACGCUGAGUGGACCGGUCAUCUGCCUGCGAUCGUUGCGGCCCAUCGCGAAGGGCGAGGAGCUCGUGAUGACCUACGGCGCAGCGCCGCAUGCGUUGAAGCUGAUUUGGGGGAUGCAGGACAUUCUCCUAUAG